AUGUCUCAAUCACACGCCGAGGCAUCCUCUUCCACUCAUCUUCAGUCCAAUGGCCAUAUAACAGAAGACGAAGCCUCUUUGUACGAUCGUCAAAUCCGAUUAUGGGGUCUAGAAGCUCAGAAUCGAAUGCGAUCAGCCACAGUUCUAAUUCUGAAUCUGAGAGGUCUAGCCCACGAAACGAUCAAAAAUCUGGUUCUGGCUGGUAUAGGUAGACUUAUCGUCGCUGAUGAUAGUGAGGUCUCAGAGGAGGACUUGAGUACUGGUUUCUUGUUUAGAGAGGAAGAAGGUGCAGUAGGACAGAAUAGGACGAAAGCAGCUUUACCUCAAAUAUCAUCACUUAACCCACUUGUCUCCCUCACAACGCUUGAAAGCCUCUCUCCGUUUGUUGGAGGAAAUGAGAGUGAAAUUGUAGAUUUGUUAAGGAAAGAGAAAGUAGACGUGGUCGUGGCUUGUGAUUUACCCAAAGCGCAACUAGAAAUCAUCGAUGAAGCAUCUAGAAAAGCCGGAACAAUCUUUUACGCAGCUGGGACAUAUGGUUUUUACGGUUAUGCGUUUGCUGAUUUGGGUGAAUCAUACGAAUACGUUUACAAUCAAAAACCAACUCCGGAAAAUCCAUCGCCUGGUUUAGCCAAGAAGACCUUAUCCUACUCUUCUUUCACCCAGGCAUUGUCACCUACAAAUUGGGAUAAACCUGCCAAGGAGGCUGAAGCUGGAGGAAGUCCGUAUAGAGGUUUGACGAAGAAUGAGACGAAGAAUGCUGCUCCAGGUGUGAUCUUGGGAUUAUUAGCUCUCUGGGAAUACGAACAGAAGAAUGGAAAUCUACCAUUAGGAGGUGAAGGUCAGAUAAGUGAGGUUAUAGAAAUAGCAGACAGGUUGAGAGUGGAAUUAGGAGUAAAUUCAAAGGUGGUACCGUCGGUUGAUAAGGAUAUGAUAGAACACCUUGCUUCGCACGCUACGCACUUCUUCCCGCCUACGUUAGCUGUUCUAGGAGGACUAUUAGCGCAGGACGUACUUCGUGCGCUGAGUAGGAAAGAUCGUCCGAUAGUCAAUCUUUUGUCGGUGGACACGAUGGGUGGAGUGGGGGUAGUGGGCAGAUGGGCGAUGGGAGAUGGAGUGGAUGCUUAG